AUAUAAGCCCCCCCUCCCCCUCCCCUACCCCCUUUCUUCUCAAGUCUUCUCCUUCCAUCUUCUUCCCAGUCUGGGCAAAUGGGUUGAGUCAGUUUUUGAGAGUUUUGAAAAUCUUGAAUGGAGAUGAAAUAAGUGAAUGUUUAGAAACCUUAGCCUCUGUUACAUCAUGGGUUACCCAGAAACAGAAAAGGUUGCGUUUUUGUUGGAUGCUCUGUACUGCGAGGAGGAGCAGUGGGGGGAGCUGGGCAGAGAUGAAGAAGAAGAAGAAGAAGAAGAGGAAGAGGAAGAGGAAGAGAGGUUUUGCCGCGAUGACAUUGAUCCAGUUCUUGGAGAACAGGAUUUGUUGUGGGAAGACGAUGAGCUCUGUUCUUUGUUGUCUAAAGAACAGGAGAGUGGUUUUGAGGGGAAUCUAUGUGUGGGUAAGGCAAGAAAAGAGGCUGUGGAGUGGGUGUUGAAAGUGGUUUCUCAUUAUUCUUUCUCAGCCCAAACUGCGCUUCUGGCUGUGAACUACCUUGAUGGGUUCCUCUGCAGCUUAGACCCCCAAACUCAGAAGCCAUGGACGAGUCAACUCGCAGCUGUAGCCUCUCUCGCUCUCGCUGCCAAAGUGGAAGAGAUUCAUGUGCCACUUCUCCUAGAUUUCCAAGUUGAGGAAUCAAAGUACGUGUUCGAGGCCAAAACGAUCCAAAGAAUGGAACUUUUGAUUCUCUCCAAUCGCCAGUGGAAGAUGAACCCUGUCACCCCAUUCUCCUUUCUUGAUCACAUUGCAAGAAGACUGGGGCUAAAGAAUCGCAUCUGCUGCGAGUUUCUCAGGAGAUGUGAACGUGUGCUGCUGUCCAUAAUCCCUGAUUGCAGAUUCAAGCGUUACCUACCCUCUGAGACUGCAGCUGCCACAAUGCUGCAUGUCAUCGGCAGACUAAAGCCAAGCAUUGGCGAGGAGUCCCAAGAACAGCUGCUCAGCAUUCUGGGAACCAACAAGGAGAAACUGGAGGAAUGUCGUACGAUAAUCAAAGAUGCGGAGACAAGGAUGCGAUCUGGUUGGGCUUACAAGCGCAAAUUCGGGAUGGGAAUGGCAUUGCCAUUGCCGGGGAGCCCAAAAGGGGUGAUGGAUGUGUCGUUUAGCUGGGAAGAUUGGAAUGAUUCAUCAGUGUGUUCAUCCCCAGAGCCAUUAUCAAAGAGGAGCAAGAAUAUUAGCCAAGAUUAAUAGCCUUAAUUAGCUUUAUAAUUUUCUUAGUAUAGACUAGUGAUGACUAUAUAUAUAGUAAUAAUGUCGAAAUAAUGUUAAAUUGCUCACCAUCUUUGCAGUUUCAAUCCAACCCCCUCCCUUUUCAUAUGUGCUGUGGUUAACUGUGUAUGUAUGAUGGGGCAUGGAGAUUUGUACCCCUUACUAGCUAGAGGUGGAGAUGGUUGGCAUUUUAUCCAUAAGAAAACAAACCAAAAAAAAAAGUAGCAAUCAAGAGGAGCCUUUAAUUA